AUGAAAAAAACUCUCAUCUAAAUAAUAACAGAAGAAGAAAAAGAUCUUUUAGAUUUAGAAAUAUAUGAAAAAUUUCCUUUUUUAAAAGAAGAAAAAUAAAAUUUUAACAAAUUUGCUCAAUAAUUCUGUGAUUAAUUUACUGAUAGUACAAACGAAGAAGAGUAAACUGAAUAUUCAAGUCUAGGAAGUUAAUCAGAUCUGUCAAAUAAUUAAUCUUAUAGUUCGAAUGAAAUUGAAUAUACUAAAAGCCCUAGAUCUAAAGCAUAAUCCAGAAUGUUGACUUCAUCAAAUAUAAAUUUUGAUACUACAUUUGAUGAUAAAAGUCCUAAUGUUUAAUCAUAACAAUUUGAAGAUUCACUAAAUAAAUAUGCAGUUUAAUUCACUGAAGAAGAUUUUGCUAGACUUUCUAAAAAAAGUUAUCAAACAAAUAUCUCUUAAGAUUCACCAAAAAUUGAAAAAAUUAAAAAGGCAAAAAGAACGAGAACAGAUUCAUAAACCUAUGAUGAUAAAAUAGAAAAAGGGUUAAUUAGUUCUAUAGUAGACGCUUUAUUUAAUAAAAUCUAAGAUUUUAUAAUCUAAAAGUAGGAUUCUCAGUUUUAUGGAUUGGAUAAUAAUAUAAUUGAUUUAAAUGAGAUAAAAUUAAAAGGUGAUGGCAGAAUUAAUUAUUAAAAUAAAUUUGAUUUGAAAACAGUAACUUUUUUAAUAUCUGGAUAUUUAACUUAGGAUAUCAAAACCUCAUUAAAUUUUAAAGAUUUAGCAAAUACUAAGAACAAAGAAUGUUAAGACAAUUUGUUUGUUUUUUUCAAAUGGUCUAAUAGCAGUUUUAAAUAAAUUAUAAAUAAAUUUUUAGAAAGUUGUUAAUAAGGAUACAAACCUUCAAUUUAUCAAAGUUAUUUAAAUGAAUUAUUAGAUAGUUGUUUAUAGGAACAUUUUAACUAAAAUAUAAUUAUUAUUAUUUAUUGGUUAAUAGAAUUACUUGGCAAAUACUUGAAGUUUUUUGGACCUUCCUUAUUUUCAAAUUUUAUUUCAAAACUUAAAAUAGGAUUUGAUGUAAUGAUUAAAAACUUUUAAGAAACUUACGAAGAUGCUAUAAAGGGUGGUGAAGUUUUAGCUGAAAGAAUAAACAAUUAAAAUUUAAUGGGAAGUUUAAAUCUAGAUUUUAUGGGCCACAGUUUAGGAACUGUAGUAGUUGCCUAUGCGUUGGAGAAAUUAUUUACUCCUGCUAGAUAUAUAAUGCUUUUUGGAGGAGCUGCAACAAUAACAGAAAUUGAAGAAUCUUAGGGAAAGUUUUAAAAGUGUUAUAAUUUCUAUUCCGAUCAUGACAAAGUGGUUAAAAUAUUUCUAGAAUAUGCAAAGCUUAUUGGCAAAAAAGAUUUUAUAGGAACAAAAUCAUUUGGUUAAAGAAAAGAUAAAUUUUUCAAUUUUAAUACAAAAAUUGGUCACGUAAAUUAUAUAUUUAAAUUUUAAAAGUUUUAUGAUCUUGCAAUGACAGAAUUUAAUAAGCCUUCUAAUAGUAUAGAUCUAAUUGAGAAACCAAAUAUGAUGAAAAUAGGAUUUGGAGGAUUAUUACUUUAUUUAAUUUAAAAAAAUUCUUAAAGUAAUUAAGUAUCUGUAAUUUAUCUGUUUAUUCUCUACAUAUACUAUUUGUUUUAAUGA